GGGCUGACGUGUUUUACACUACUUUUUUAUAAAGCAAAAUAUGUAUUUCUGACAUCAAAGUCAUCAAUCUCGACAAAUAGAGUUAAUUGUCCUAAAUCAUUUGGGCAUUUAAAGAGAUAAAAAAAAAAAAAGAAGACUAGGAAAAAAGAGAGGGCACAUUUUGGAGAGUCGUUUCGGGGGGCAUUUGAACAAAUUAAACAUGGUAGUGUGGUUCGCCCUAUAAGCCUCCAGCCUCCUGCCUGGGCUUACCAAUCAAUUGGUACAGUGAAACAGAGAAAGCCUACGUUACUAUAGCGAGGAGACCUGCAGGCUCGCUUUAUCUCCAGAUAUUGGGACCUCUCUACAAUGUCAUAUCCACAAUUCGGAUAUCCUUACUCGUCUGCACCGCAAUUCCUCAUGACAACCAACUCUCUGACAACUUGCUGCGAGUCAAGCGGCAGAAACAUCGCCGACCCCGGUGUGACAGCCUCCGCCCAGACGCCGGUCUACUGCCCUGUGUACGAAAGCCGGUUACUGGCCACCGCCAGGCACGAGCUGAGCUCCGCAGCGGCUCUGGGAGUGUAUGGGAACCCCUACACCGGGAGCCAAGGCUAUGGAAAUUAUGUUACUUAUGGAACCGACGCGUCCGCUUUCUACUCACUGGGGACGUUCGAUACCAAAGAUGCCACGGCGUCUGCGCAUGCGGGGAUAACCCAGGCUGCAGCCUACUAUCCAUAUGACCCUGCCCUGGGCCAGUACCAGUAUGACAGCAGAUACGGCUCAAUGGAUGGAGGGACCAGGAGAAAGAACGCAACCAGAGAGACAACCAGCACCCUGAAAGCCUGGCUACAGGAGCACCGGAAGAACCCGUACCCCACCAAAGGAGAGAAGAUCAUGCUGGCCAUCAUUACUAAGAUGACCCUGACACAGGUGUCCACCUGGUUCGCCAAUGCCAGGAGGAGGCUGAAGAAGGAGAACAAGAUGACGUGGCCUCCCAGAAACAAGUGUUCCGAUGAGAAGAGGUAUGAUGAAGAUGAUGACGGCUCUCAGGAGGAGAAUGUCAAGAGCGAGAACAACGAUGAUGAGAAAGAUAAGGAUCUCGCUCUCAGCGACCUGGAUGACUUCGACACCAUAGAAUCUGAGAGCUCUGAAUGCGAACUCAAACACCAGUACCACAUGAACACGCACAUGACGACUACCGACUGUCCAAACGAUCAUCUAAAGGACACAUCGCUAAAGAUCAGCAUCCCGGUGUCCCUGGGCGGGGAGCAGGAGCUCAGUAAAGCCUCACCAGAGGACCUCGACAGCAGGCAGGGGAAACCUUGCUACCAACAACAGGGCCACCAAAUACUGGACGGCAAGCCGCGGAUCUGGUCGUUGGCACAGACGGCCACGUCUCUAAACCAGGCGGAGUACCCGUCCUGCAUGUUGCGGUGUCAGCCUCAGCCGGCCCUGCCCGACACACCCGCCGCUUCCUCCCCUGUCAUUGUUCUAGACAGACAGCUGGACUCUCCCGUGACAACUCUCAGAAACUGGGUGGAUGGGGUUUUCCACGACCCAUUAUUCAGACAUAGCACUUUGAACCAGGCCCUGACCAACACCACAGUCUCGUGGACCACGACCACCAAGGGUUCAAUACAGGAGACCGGCGCUCUGGAACGUGCUGCUGGGAACAAUGUCAUCAAAGGACUUCCGUCUCUACAGCACCAAGACUCCACGAAGGACAAUAUGCAUUUUCCUAAAACUGUCAACAAACUCUUCUGCUCGUAACAAAACAAUUAGCUUUAGUUUGUUAUAUUGUGGGAGUUGCUACAUUAUUUUUUAUUUUUUAAGGAUCCAUUCAUGUAGGCCUACUUAUCAUUUUGGCAUUUCACUGGUGAACUUCCAAACAGGAUACUUUUGAAGCUUAUUGCUAUUUCGUUAAAACGCACGUAAAAGCUAUCUAAAUGUAUAACUGACCGUUUACAUUUCAAAAAAGUUUACAGGACUGUUUUUCUUAUAGCAUGCACAUGUUAAUACUUUCUAUGAAAUAUAAUUUAAAGUGCAGCCGUCGUUAAUCGAUGGUUCGUGAGUAUCACUGUUGAAAGAAACAAAAUCACACACAAUCACAGUUCUGUGUGUUUCGAAUUUGUUCACACAAAAUAAAAGGCCGUUUUUGAAGA